AAACAGUACCUUGGGUACCAAGUUAGAAAAUGCAAAGAGAAUAUCAAUAGAACAUUUGGAAGUCAUCACUGAUAAUUUCUCCCCUGAACGGAUAAUUGCUCGAGGCGGAUAUGGAACGGUCUACAAGGGGGUGAAUAGCGACGGGAAAUAUGUUGCUGUGAAGGUGCUCCAUAAAAACACGACAGGAACACACAAUGGUGAAUUCAAACAUGAGUUUGAAAGUCUGAUGAGGCUCAAGCAUCGCAACAUCAUCCAGUUAGUUGGCUUCUGCUACGAAACACGACAUAAGCCAAUGCUGCACAAUGGAGAAACCAUUUUUGCUGAAGAUAUAUACAAAGCGCUCUGCUUUGAGUAUAUGCAAAAUGGGAACCUUAAAGAGCAUAUUUCUGUGGAAUGUGAUGGACUCGAAUGGCACACGCGCUACAAAAUUAUCAAGGGAACUUGCGAAGGAUUAAAAUACCUCCACGAAGAAUUCAAAGAACCAAUUUACCACUUGGACCUAAAACCUGAAAACAUACUGCUAGAUGAGAAUAUGGUACCGAAACUUGCUGAUUUUGGUUCGUCGAAGCUCUUUGGCAAAGACCUAACCAUGGUUAUCUCACAGAAUCUUUCAGCAACAAUUGGGUAUGUGCCGCCCGAAUACUAUUCUCAUCAGGUCGUCUCGAAGAAGUUUGACAUAUUCAGUUUAGGUGUUGUAAUGAUAAAGAUAAUUGCAGGUCCUAGAGGCAAUUCCUUAAGUGCCGAGAUGGAGUACCAAGACUUUCUUGAUCAAGUACAUGAAAACUGGAGGAAAAGGUUCCAGGAAAAAUGGCAUAAUUCCAAACUACUACAAGCAUAUUGCCAACAAGUGAACAUAUGCAUAAUAAUAGCACUGAGCUGCAUGGAUUAUGAUAGGUUCAAAAGACCCGGUAUACUGGAUAUCAUCAAACAACUGAACAAGACUGAAACUGUAAUCAAAGAGUUGCACCAGGAUCACCGAUGGACAAGGAUAUCAGAUGCAAAUAGAACACCGGCCAUUGAUUCUCAGAAACAAAGUCUUGCACUAGAAGAAGUGCGCUUUCUCGUAAAUAAUCUGACUUUGGAGAAUAACAGAUCGUGUGAACCCUCAGUUUCUGCAAGAAAAAAAUUUCACCCUAACAUUUUGGAUCUUCCAAGUGAUCAAAGGACAUCCUACCGUGGCCGAAAAUCGACAAAAAUUUUGUUCCCUACACAGCUGCCGAACUCUCCCCCUAGUUCAAGAGGCAAACACUGUCCGACGUCACAUGUGCAUUCAAGAGCAUUUGGGCAAUGCCCAGGAUCCCCUACUGCAUGGCAGGAUGAUGCACGGAGCUUAAGCUCACCACACCCACUUCCUCUUCCUCUUCCUCUUCCUCCAGGCUUCCCUUGCACAUCUUCCUGUUCCCUACAUUCGCAGUGGAAGAAGGGGAAGUUAUUAGGCAGUGGUACAUUUGGGCAAGUAUACCUCGGAUUGAACAGUGAAGGUGGCCAAAUGUGUGCAAUUAAAGAGAUUAAGGUUAUUGCUGGUGAUUCAAAGUCAAAAGAGUGUCUGAGGCAGCUAAAUCAGGAAAUUAUGCUCCUAAAUCAUCUUUCAUAUCCAAAUAUUGUGCGGUACUAUGGCAGUGAACUGUCUAGUGAAACACUCUCGCUCUAUCUUGAGUUUGUUAAUGGGGGCUCUAUACAUAAGUUGCUUAGAGAAUAUGGUCCAUUUGAAGAGGCAGUCCUCCGGAAUUACACUACACAGAUCCUUUCUGGCCUUGCAUACUUGCAUAGGCGUAAUGUAGUGCACAGGGAUAUCAAAGGAUCAAAUAUAUUUGUAAAUUUUAAUGGUGACAUCAAACUCGCAGAUUUCAGUAUGACCAACCAUAUAUCAGAAUCCACAUCGAUGAGAUCCUUCAAAGGAAGCCCUUACUGGAUGGCUCCAGAGGUUAUCAUGAAUACCAAUGGAUACAGCCUUUCAGUGGACAUUUGGAGCCUUGGCUGCACCAUUCUUGAGAUGGCAACCGCAAGGCCUCCUUGGAGUCAGUACGAAGGGGUGGCUCUAAUAUUCAAAAUUGCAAACAGCAAAGACAUACCUGAUAUCCCAGAUCAUCUUUCUUCUGAAGCAAAAAGCUUCCUGAAACUCUGUUUGCAGCGUGAUCCUGCUGCGCGUCCAACUGCUGCUCAAUUAAUCGAACAUCCUUGGGUGAAAACCAAGCUUCAGUUACCAAGGCACAAUUAGUAUCCAUAGGUGUUCAUUAUAACCUGGGAAAUAAAUAGACAUGAGUUGAUGUUCAACUAACAAUGAAAAAUACAAAGGAAAGAUAUAGUAGCCUUACCAGCCAUCCAUUAGGGACUUCCUUUGAAGAAUUUGAUAGAUGCGGAUGCUGAUAUCUGUAUAGAUAAAAUCUACAUUUAACAAAAUUAUGUCUGUAUAAAUAAAAUAAAUGUCAGAUCAUUGACAAUUUUAUGGUUUGCUUGAUUGUUCGA